GGUGGAGUACAAGGGGCCUAAAGAGGGCUACCGCUGCGGCUACUGCGACUCCCCAGCGGGCAAAGUAUCCAGCGGUGAGUGUGGCCGGGCUCUUGGCCUAGCUUCCCUUCUCCCUCCCUUUUUCUCUCCCUCCCCCGGCUCGGUGUCUUUCCCCCGGCUCAUUUCGCAAUCCCAGCAGCUUCGCCGUCACUGAAGAUGGCCGUAGUUCAAGGGGAGGACUAGAAAGAGUCCCGCGUAGUGCUUGCCAAAUAUGGCGUGAGUGUCGUCAUCCCUCCCCGGCGAGGCUUGUCCCUCGGGGGGACCGGUGGUUUUGCCCGCCUCCCCGCCCCGACUCCGCCAGCCCCACCGCUCGCCGGCGCGGGGCAUUGUGGGGUGUCAGCAGCUACGGCUCGGAGCGGCUGGGUUUGGCCGCGGGGCUGGGAAGAUGGCUGCGGCUCCCGGAACAUCCCCGACUAUCGUGGAAUACUUCGAGGGCGAGGACUUCUACCAGUGCGGCUACUGCAAAAACGAGACAGGCAGCCGCUCCAAUGGUAUGUGGGCACAUUCAAUGACAAUUCAAGAUUACCAAGAUCUUAUAGACCGUGGAUGGCGAAGAAGUGGGAAGUAUGUAUACAAACCUGUUAUGAAUCAAACAUGUUGUCCUCAGUACACUAUAAGAUGCCAUCCUUUACAUUUCCAGCCAUCAAAAUCUCAUAAGAAAGUUUUAAAGAAAAUGUUGAAGUUUUUGUCUAAAGGAGAAUUUCCUAAAGGGAAUAUUGCAGAAGAGCCUAUGGAUUCUCAAAUGGAUGAUGCUGCUGUGGAUGAUUUUGCUCUAAAAAGCAAGCUGGACAUACAGUCUGAUCAUAGACUCCUCGGUGAAGAUGAUGACCAAGUUGUAGAGAGUGAAGUGAAGGAGAAAGAAGAAGACUUGGAUGCUGAGGAAACUAAAGAAUUAAGUCAGUCAUAUACUAAAAAAGAGAAACUGGGGUCUGGUGAGCCAUCAAGUUCUGUUAAAGUUGUUUCUACAGCUCCCAAGCCAGGCAAAGGGGCUGAUUUGAGUAAGCCUCCAUGUCGAAAAGCAAAGGAUAUACGGAAAGAAAGGAAAAGGCAGAAACUCAUUCUUAAGAGUCAGACAGACAAGCUUGAAGGUGUCCAAGUUCAACAUGAACCACAACUUUUGCCCUCAGAAAAAUCUAAAUUAAAUCAGCCUAAAUCCAUUGAAGAUUUCAUUUUUGACACCUUACCUGAGGAUGCUGCACAUCGAUUAGAGGUGAGGUUAGUACCUGUUUCCUUUGAGGACCCAGAGUUCAAGUCGUCCUUCCGCCAGUCACUCUCUUUAUAUGCCAAGUAUCAAAUGGCCAUACACAAGGAUACAGCAGCUGUGUGUGGGGAAUCCGAGUUCACAAGAUUCCUUUGCAGUUCACCACUGGAGGGUCAAUAUAAGCCUUCUGAUUUGCUGUGUCCAGAGACAUAUGUCUGGGUACCCAUCGAACAAUGUCUGCCUGCACUUGAGAAUUCUAAAUAUUGCCGCUUCAACCAAGACACAAAAGCAGUUGAUGAAGAACAAAUUAAAGAGCUUGACCGAUUACGGGUACUUUACAAGAGAACAAUUAUGCCUUACAACAUAUAUAAAAAACGACAGAAAGGACCAAGUGAUGAAGCCAUCGUUCAACAAUAUGCAGACUUGGUGGGACAGACCUGUUCAGAAAGGAUGUUACUGUUUAGAAGCUGAAAAAAAAAAAGAAUUAUUAAAGAAUUAAUAUUCCACUUUCACCCUACCUACUACAUGAUUGCACUCCAUUUUAUUAUGAUUAACAUAUUUCUUUGUUAAAUAGAUCCACAGGAUAAUAUUGUAACCAUCUAAAAUUAAGCAUCCUAUUUUAACUAUUAUAUGACUCAAAAUAUUUAAAAUAAAAUGUUUGUGAAGUAUGUAAUGUGUAUAGAGAGAUUUAAAAAUAUGCCUAGAUGUUUGGUCUUACACUUGGGAUUUUGAAAGUUUUCUUAAAAAUUUUUUUAUCCAAACUACAUUAGACUUGUCAUCAUCUGUUGAUUUUCUAUGGCAAA